UAGGAAGCAAUGUUGAUCCGACUGUGAGUAUCAUACGGUGUCAGUUACGCUGACAAUGAUCAUCCAGACAUGCCACGAUCGAACUCGAACUUUGUAUGCCGACCUGUUCCAAGUAUGCAAUGCCUCCUACUCUUCCAUGGAAGCCCAAUGUAAGGGUGUCAGUGCGUAUGCUACUGCCGCUGUCUUUGGCUAUGACAGAGGCAUGAGUGGAGCAGAUGUCUUUGCUGCUCUUGGUGCGCAACGAGUCAACAACAUGAACACUGUGAUUCAGGACUUCUGCGGAUCCAAUGGAUUUGGAUACGGCCUUGGCUGCUCUUACCUUGGCAAUGGCUUCCACACCUUUGCCGCUCAAUACACCUCGGUCAACGCUGGUCCUUUUACCGACCAAUUCUCUCAAGUGGCCAUUCUUGACCUCGUUGACGGCGCCACGACCGGCAUGGCACGCCGAGAUCUUUUGAACGAAAACUUGCUUGAGCUCGUCUCCUUUGCGCCUGGGUCCCAAGGUGCAAUCAAGGCUGGUGAGGCUGGCGAAUCCCGCAUCGCCCACAUCACCCCAGGUGGAAUCGGAACCGGUGACGCAGUCGGCCCCGCCCAUAUCAGCAACAUGUUGGGUCUUGAGAAGCGAGUCGGAGCAGGUCUAGGGCUAGACGCCAAUGUCAAUGUCGACCUCGAUCUCGAUGCUGAACUCGGCACUCGAUCUCACAUCGGUCUUGGAGCCAACGCAGCCGCCAAUGUCAGACUCGGUCUCGAUGCCGGUUUGAAUCUUGGCGUCGAGAAAAGAGCCAAGACCAACGUUGACGUCUCCGUCGGCGGCGAAGGAAGCACUGUUGUUGGAAAUUACGUACACACCAACGGGAAUGAUGGACAAGGCGCCAACAUAGUCUGGGGCAGACCUGGAUUCAUGCCAUCCACAAUCUACAACCGAAGAGAUGCGGAAACAUCGAAAAGGUUCCCAUCAUCAACUUCUGAAUCAGAAAAGCGAACAACAUUUACAGUCCACAACUUCACCAUUUCAUAUAAUGAUGAUGGAUCAGGCGACGAUACAUUCUCUGUCACUUCGCCGGAUCUCAACCUGACGACCGAGGCGGCACCUGGAGGCGCUUCAUACAGUAUCUCUCUGCCCAAUUCGACACUCCAGCGAGGAUCUCAAGCAGGUCAGGACGCUGUGAACUCGCUUGGUUUCAAGCGAAACGAAGCUCCUCUCCCUGUUGAACGUGAUGACAUCACCAACGAGCUCGGAUCUAUCUCUGGCGUCGCAGCAGGAGGAAUGGCUGGUUACCAGCUCGGAGACAUGCAAGAGAUCAUUGGAGAUGGAUCGAGCUCGUUUGGAGCAUCUGCGGCCACCGAUGCUACUCUCAAAGCACUCCAGAGUCGAACGGAGAAUGCUGUCGAGGAACGACAGGGAAAUCUCUUGGAAGCGCUUCCCGUUGGAGAUCUCCUUGGCGGACUGUUGAGACGCGACGACUUGGAUGCACGGCAAGGGAAUUUGCUCGAGGCUUUACCCGUUGGCGAUCUUCUCGGGGGACUCUUGAAGAAGGACGAGAGCAGUGCGCUGAAGAGACAGGUCUAUUCGCCGAUGUCUUCUGGUGAUCUGAAGAAGCGACACUUGGUAUAUUCUCCCCCUUUUCCCCUUGUCCUUAAACCCCCCUUGAUUGAUUCAAAUCUCAUUUACGGCCUAUCCCCGGCGGUGACGCGGAUACGUACAUCACGACCCACUCUUUCUUCCAUCGUCUGAAUGUAUAGUAAUGAUGAUCGAUUAUUUCCAAUGUGGACUCCAGCUGGGUGCAUACGCUCAAAACAGCGACAGGAAUGGGAAAAAGGGAUACGAACAGACGCGUGAGUGAGUAGUCAUCCCGAGACGCGACAGUCUGGGAUUUGUGGCACCCGCAUGUACCGGGUCACAUGAACCAUGGAC